AUGGACAGCAAGUCGGAAAGCAACCAGUCUCGACCACGGGAAUCUGUGAAGAUCUUAUACGACCACGAGCUUAAGAACGCGCCCGGAAUGUCCAUUGUCGGUAUUGAGGUUACGUAUCCUCCAGGCGGCUUCACGCCCCCUCAUCGGCAUUCAGGAGCCACUGUUGUGGCUCGCGUAACAGAGGGAACCCUCCUCAGCGGCAUGAAUGGUAACCCUCCUAAGCUGUAUGAAGUAGGGGAGGGUUUCAUGGAAAUGCCGGGUUGCCAUCAUACGGUUUCCGAAAACAACAGUCAAGACCACGGUGCAAAAUUUACUGCCGUGAUAGUUAUCGACACAGAAAUAGUCAAAAGGGGCUAUGAGAAUCUUACCGUUCUUGACAAGGAAUGGCAAUAG